GGGUGUUCCCGGAGCCGCAGCAGGACCCGGUGAUCGCCAUCGCGGCCGUGGCGCUGCGGCAGGGCGCGCGCGAGCCCUUCCUGAGGGUGGUGUUCACCCUGCUCAGCUGCGCCCCCGUGCGCGGGGCCACCGUCAGGAGCUUUGACUGCGAAAAGGACCUGCUGCAGUCGUGGGCGGAGUUCGUUCGGAUCGUGGACCCCGACGUGGUGACGGGCUACAACAUCCACAACUUCGACCUGCCCUACCUGAUCCAGAGGGCCCAGGUGCUGCAGGUGUCGUCGUUCCCGUACCUGGGCCGCGUGCGGGGGGUCCCGUCCCAGGUGAAGGACUCGGCGUUCCAGAGCCGCCAGCUCGGCCGGCGCGAGGGCAAGGUGGUGAACACACCUGGGAGGGUCACCCUGGACAUGCUGCAGGUGCUGCUGAGGGAGCACAAGCUGCGCUCGUACUCGCUGAACGCCGUCAGCGCGCACUUCCUGCACGAGCAGAAGGAGGACGUGCCCCACGGCAUCAUCACCGAGCUGCAGAACGGCGACGCGCAGACGCGGCGCCGCCUGGCGCUGUACUGCCUGAAGGACGCCUUGCUGCCGCUGCGGCUGCUCGAGCGCCUGAUGACGCUGGUGACGCUGGUGGAGAUGGCGCGGGUGACGGCCGUGCCCCUCAGCUACCUGCUCACCCGCGGCCAGCAGGUCAAGGUGGUGGCGCAGCUCCUGCGGCAGGCCAUGCAGGAGGAUUUGCUGCUGCCGGUGGUGAAGUCGGAAGGGGGAGAGGAUUUCGAGGGGGCCACGGUGAUCGAGCCCCUCAAGGGGUACUACGACGUGCCCAUCGCCACGCUGGAUUUCUCCUCUCUGUACCCGUCGAUCAUGAUCGCCCACAACCUGUGCUACACCACCCUGCUGCCCCCGGGGGGCCCCCAGAAAUUCGGGCUGGGCCCCAAGGAUUUCAUCCGCACCCCCACGGGGCAGCUGGAUUUUUGUGAUUUCCAUGGGAGUUUCUGCCCAGGUGUGAUCACCUGCGCCCAGGUGCGCUCACCUGCGGGUCCUGGCAGGGUGAAGGCGGCGCUGGCCGAGGAGCAGGACCCCGAGCGGCGCCAGGUGCUGGACGGGCGGCAGCUGGCGCUCAAGGUCAGCGCCAACUCCGUCUACGGCUUCACCGGGGCGCAGGCCGGGCGCCUGCCCUGCCUCGAGAUAUCCCAGAGCGUCACCGGCUUCGGGCGCCAGAUGAUCGAGAAAACCAAACAGCUGGUGGAGAGCAAGUACCCG